CAAAGUCCGUCUAGCUGGGUGGAGCCUGAGGAUCUUGGGAGCUGACCACUGUGCUUCAGCUUAAAAUUGAGAGCCAGGGAAGUUCUUCAGAACCCGUGGAGGAGCUCUGGGCUUCGCUCUAGGUCGCCUCGUCCACCUCUUUCUGCCUUCUUGGUAGGGGGUUUGCAGCUGGAGAAGGUGGCAUUUGUAUGUUCGAUAGAUCCUGAUUGGAAGGGAUAAGGAAAGGAUCUGGCUGGCCUUCUAUCGGCCCGCCCCGGGUCAUCUCUGAGUAGCCCGGUUGCCACAGCCGCAGUUCUGCAGCCUUCGCUGAUUGUGGUGCUACCUUCCCCAGUCUCUAGAUUCAAAGUUCUCAGCACGAUUCAUGGCUGCGUUGAGCUGCACGAGGCUGAGGUGGGCGCUCUUGGGCACGCGGGUGCUGGGCCGUGGCCUCUGGCCACAGGGAACCAGAGCCAAGGCCGCGAUCCCGGCCGCCCUCCGGACAGACGAGAAUACGGAGGGUCGUGGAACAGGUCAGGACCGGCCGCUGCGGAGUUCGGAGGAGCUUCCGGGCCUCGGAUCGCUGCACUUUUUAUACCAGCUAUUCCUACGAGGUUAUGCGCUGCGCUUGCACGAACUCCAGAUGCUGAACAAGGGCAAGUAUGGUCCAAUGUGGACACACACUUUUGGGACUCGCAUCACUGUGAAUCUGGCCAGUGCCUCACUCUUGGAGCAAGUGAUGCGACAGGAGGGCAAGUACCCCAUAAGAGACCACAUGGAGCAGUGGAAGGACCACCGAGACCACAAGGGCCUCACCUAUGGGAUCUUCGUCACACAAGGACAUCAGUGGCACCAGCUACGUCAGGCUCUGAGCCAGCGUCUGCUGAAGCCUGCUGAGGCAGCACUCUACACAGACGCCUUGAAUGAGGUGAUUGAUGACUUUAUGACCCGGCUAGCCCAGAUUCGGGCAGAGAGUGCAUCAGGGGAUCAGGUGCCAGACAUGGCGCACCUUUUCUACUAUCUUGCCUUGGAAGCCAUCAGCUAUAUCCUGUUUGAGAAAAGGAUUGGGUGCCUGAAGCCCUCCAUCCCUGAGGAUACUGCCACCUUCCUCAGAUCUGUUGGACUCAUGUUCCAGAACUCGGUCUAUGUCACUUUCCUUCCCAAGUGGACUCGUCCUCUGCUGCCCUUUUGGAAGCGAUACCUGAACGGCUGGGAUAACAUUUUCUCCUUUGGGAAGAAGCUGAUUGAUCAAAAAGUCAAGAAGAUUGAAGCCCAGCUACAGACAGCUGGGCCAGAUGGGGUCCAGAUAUCCGGCUACCUGCACUUCCUGCUGACCAAUGAAUUGCUUAGUCCUGAGGAGGCCCUUGGCACCUUUCCUGAGCUGCUCUUGGCCGGGGUGGACACGACAUCCAACACACUGACCUGGGCCCUGUAUCACCUUUCAAAGAACCCAGAGAUCCAGAAGGCCUUGCAUGAGGAAGUAACUGGUGUGGUGCCCCUUGGGAAGGUGCCUCAGCACAAGGAUUUUGCCCACAUGCCCCUGCUCAAAGCCGUGAUUAAGGAGACCCUGCGCCUCUACCCCGUGGUCCCCUCAAACUCCCGGAUCAUCACAGAAAAGGACACCGAACUCGAUGGCUUCCUCUUCCCCAAGAAUACCCAGUUUGUGUUAUGUCACUAUGUGGUGUCCCGGGAUCCCAGUGUCUUUCCUGAGCCCGAGAGCUUCCAGCCUCAACGAUGGCUGAAAAAGAGAGCGGCCGACACCUCCGGAAUCCAACACCCAUUCGGCUCUGUGCCCUUUGGCUAUGGGGUUCGGUCUUGCCUGGGCCGCCGGAUUGCAGAGCUGGAGAUGCAGCUGCUGCUGUCAAGGCUGAUGCAACAGUACGAGGUGGCCCUGGCUCCAGGGAUGGGAGAAGUGAAGUCUGUGGCUCGCAUUGUUCUGGUUCCCAGCAAGAAGGUGAGCCUGCGCUUUCUGCAGAGACAGCACUGAGCCGGGCCCCUGCCUCCGUGGGGCUUAUCCCGAAGCUCUGGCACAGCAGUCCCUGGCCAUUCUCAUGUCACACAUCUGGAUGACAGACUCAACAGGGAAGCUCUGAGCCCUUCCCAUAGACCCCAAAUAUCUGGCAGAACCUCUAUGGAGCAGCACUCACUUAAGACAAUAGAGCACCUCCUAUCACAUGACAGUCCUUGGGUACAAUUUAAAAUAAAAUUAAAAUACAA